GCGACCUCUCACAUCUAAACCCCGCAAAUCUAACACUUCUCCCCGCACAAAAAUGGAGGCUUUCUGCGCCACCUGGAAACUCAUCGACAGCCAAAACUUUGACGAAUAUAUGAAGGCACUGGGGGUGGGCUUCGCGACCAGGCAGGUGGGCAAUGUGACCAAGCCCACGGUGGUGAUCAGCCAGGACGGAGACAAGGUGGUGGUGAAGACCCUGAGCACCUUCAGGAACACGGAGCUGUCGGCCAAACUGGGAGAGGAGUUCGAUGAGACCACCCCCGACGACCGCCACGUCAAAUCUACUUUCACGUUGGAAGGAGACAAGUUCGUGCAGGUCCAGAAGUGGGACAACAAAGAGACCAGAUUUGUCAGAGAAAUCAAAGAUGGCAAGAUGGUUAUGACUGUAUCUUUCGAGGGGGUCCAGGCGGUGCGCACGUACGAGAAAGCAUAACCAUCUGCACCUGCAUCCGAUUUGGAAUGUAAGGUCUGAUCUAAAACCGUUUUGGAACACCUUUUUGCAAACAAUUUUUUUUAACCCAUUCCCAAUUAAACAGUUUGAAUGUUCGCAUUGUUGUCUCAAAAGAACAGCUAA